AUGCGUUAUAAGACGACUAUUGAUGAAUGGUCGUUGAUUAAAGAAAGUAAAAUAUGGGAGUUGCCAGAAGGAGACAGAAUCAUGUCAAUCUUGAAGUUGAGUUUUGAUUAUUUGAAAUCACCUUCUUUGAAACAAUGCUUUGCAUAUUGCUCAUUGUUCAUGAAAGAUUUCGAAAUAGAGAGAGAUAACUUGGUUCAACUUUGGAUGGCUCAGGGAUUGCUUGAUCCUCACAGAAGUAAUCUAGACAUGGAGGAUAUUGGCAAUGAAUAUUGUAAAAUUCUAUUAGACCUUUCCUUCUUACGAGAUGCUAUUGUGGAUGACUAUGGCAUUAUUACCAAAUUCACCAUGCACGAUCUUGCAGAAUUUGUAUUCAAAUCCGAAAUCUUGACUGGAGACUUCCAUGAGGAUAAUACACUUGAGAUUCAACAUGUUGCUUGGGUUCCUACUUCCAAACUGGAAACAAUUCGAGAAAGCGGGAGAUUGCGAUCACUAUUUUUAUAUGGCGAAGUCCCUAGUAACAUCCUUCCAAGGUUUAAAGCUUUACGUGUCUUAAAUUUAUUUAAGGCAAUUAUUGAGGAGCUUCCAAAUUCAAUUGGAAAGUUGAAACACUUGAGAUAUCUUAACAUUUCCGAAACAAGAGUCAAAACACUCCCUACAUCUGUUGGCCAGCUUUUUAAGCUACAAACCUUAAGAGCAAUGUGCUGUGCUCUUGAAGAGUUUCCAAAAGAAGUGCAAAAUUUGAUCUACUUGAGACAUGUUUAUUUCGAUAAGAAUAUGAAAUUUCCGCUUGGGAUGGGGCGAUUAACAUGCCUCCGGACAUUACCUCACUUUAGUGUGGGUGAGGGGAUGGGUUGUGGAAUUGAGGAGUUGGCUGGCUUGGACCAAUUGAUAGGUGUAUUGAGUAUUUAUAAUUUGGAACAUGUAAGGGAUGGAGAUGAAGCAAAGAAAGCAAAAUUAGAUGAGAAGAUAAACCUACGCCAUUUGAUAUUUGUAUGGACGAAAGAUAGGCCAACAACAAACCACAGUGAGGAGGCUGUACUAGAAGGCCUCAAACCGCAUCCAGAUUUGGAAAGCCUAAAGAUUAAACAUUUCAUGGGUGUUGAAUUUCCAUCAUGGAUAAUGAGCAGGUCGUUUUUGCUCGGCAACUUGAAGAAGAUUAAAUUACGCUCGUGCAACAAAUGUGAAGGAAUCCCAGCACUCGGUCAUCUACCUAAUCUUAGAGAUAUUGAGAUUCAUGAGAUGGCUAACCUAAAAGGUGUUGGACCUGAGUUUUAUGGUUUUGAUCUUGUUCACGAUGCAGCCACCGCAAGUAAGGGGACUAUAACUUUCUUUCCGGCACUUAAAAAAUUAACCAUUGGUGGGUGCAGUCAGUUAAUUGAAUGGAUGGAAGCACCUGUGAUGUCCACAGAAAAAGUAGUGGUGUUUCCAUGCCUUGAGGAGCUCCAUAUUCGGAGUUGUCCCAAAUUGAGAAAUGUUCCCAGUCAUUUUCCCUCCCUCCAAAAGUUGGACGUAUCUUAUAUUGAAAGGGCCAUGCCAAUAGAAAAAAUAAGCAACGGACUAUCGACUCUCACUUCCCUCAAAAUAAAUGCUAUUAAGGAGCUUACUUGUCUACCGCAAGGGAUAUUGAAGAACAAUAAGAAUCUCACAUCUUUGGAGAUUGAAAAGUGUGAGAACUUAACUUGUAUUGCCCCUGAUGUAUUUGGGUGUGGCGCAUAUCUUCGUGUGCAGGUUGUAAAAUGUUGUGGACAGCUGAGGAAUUUACCCGAUGGGCUAGACACACUCCCUCUUCUUGAGGAGUUGACGAUAAAGUGGUGUCCUAUUCUAAGUUUCAUUCCAAUUACACAAGGCAUCACAUGUCUCCGCGAAUUGAGGAUUGAAUGUUGUGAAGGAUUAUCAGGCCUACCAAGUGGGCUCGAAAAUUGCGAGUCUCUUGAGGUUUUAUAUAAAUGUCGCUGUGCUAAUUUAGCAACCAUAAAUCCAUUUACACACCGCGGGGCUAAAGAACUGCAGGUUGAAGUUGUAGAUUGUGAUAAAUCUUUAGCUCCUCCUACUCCUGAGGAGUUGACUAUACAGCAUUAUAAUAGUCUACUAUCUUUUCCAGCUAUACGCAGUUAUACAUCCCUCCGUCGAUUGAGAAUUGUGAAAUGUGACGGAUCAAAAAGCCUAUUGAGUGGGCUAGAAAUCCUUAUCUCCCUGGAGGAAUUGAAAAUCAUUGAUUGCCCUAAUCUAGAGACUAUUCCCAGUUUACACAACCUCACAUCCCUCUGUCGGCUGGAGAUUUCUGAUUGUGGGAAAUUAAAAGAACUUCUGGCCUCUCUCCCAAAUGCAGAC